GAAGACAAUCGUGAUCAGUGCUGGAGAUUGAUCACUAUUUGGUUUUGGCUGCGCAUUUGUUGUCAGACAACAAAAAAAGGCUAUUUUUCUUUUUCCAUUUUUUCCUUGGCAAUUUGAAUUUCGCUUUAACAACAGAAACUUUUGUAGCCAUUUUUUUACAGGAGUGCUCGCUUUCGUCUGAAUUUCAACAUUUCUCACUCACACACGUUAUCCAUGCAACCACGAACAAAGAGCUUGGGGAGCUCGUUGCGGCAGCCGUUCAAGUCGCCUCAGCGCAGCAGCACGCCUUUCUUAGCAAAUAAGACCACAAGCAAAGCAGAGAUGGUCACCCCGAAUUCAAAAACUGACGACACCAAAACAACCAUCAACGGCACCCUGACACCAGCACCACGAAAGCGACCGACACUCUUGGAAGCAUCACCCUCACUUAGCAGCCUGCUGAGCUCCACACAUACAACACCUAAGAAACGCCCGCGCUUGACUCCGCUCAAAAUCAGCAAGAGCACUGGCAAAACAACCAACCUCCUGUCCCCGACAGACAAAGUCAGCCGGGCACUAGUGCAAGAAAAGACCAGUUUACAGCGCCAGUUGACAAACGUCAAGGAGGAGCGCGCCUUAUUGGAGCGAGCCAUCACUUUGAAGGAGAAGAACGAGGCUGUGGUAGUUAAUGACUUGAUUUCGAAAUGGCAGAGUGCAUGCUCGGAUGCAUGCGAGGACCUGUUUAAAUUGCUCAAACCCUUGAUGGAAGCACAGAGGCAGGCUGAUGCGAUGGGGUUCAGUCAAAGUGGGUUCAACGACGGCAGUGUGUUCGAUCAAGGACAGUCGACGCAACAGACGCACAGUAACAGUGGCAACGAUGCAGAUGCCCAUCAGGACGACGAGGAUAUAGAUGUUACGUACAUGCUCAAGCGCCUGGGCAUCGAUCCUGGCUUGUUCUAAGCAGUUGGAUGUGUCGUGCUCUAUAAAAAUGUGGAUCUAAAUCGAUAUAUUCAAGUCUUAAAAAUUACUUAACUGAAAAAGGGGGCAGCGCUGUGUGGGCAGCACUGUAAACAUCAUGGUGUUCCUUGAUGUCAGCCAGCAAUAACAGAAAUGUGUAUAGUGGCCAUGAGGA